AGCGACCAGCAAAGAUUAGUUUUAGUAUCAGACCCGUAUAAUUUUGAUUUGUGCUGAGUGGACGUUUUAAUAAAGUCAAACACAACGCAAGAUAAGUACUAUAUCGAGUACAGCUUCCUCGCUCCACUUCGAAGAUGUUCAAGCGAGUGUUGGCAACGCAGGGCCUGGGCGCCGCGCACGACGACUCCGACUCGGAGGACAUGACGGUGCGGCAAAAAACCCGCAUGUACAACAAGUUCAUUCCCGGCGCCGCACGGGGUCAGUCGUGUCAAGAAGAUGAUGAUAUUGUUAAGGCUUACAGAAAUUAGUUCCUACCCUUGUUCCCGAAAGCUUAGGUUUGAAAAAAAUGGAAACAAACCGCGAGGGGGGUUUAGCUUGCACACUCUCGCAGUCGCUUGGAAUGGCCGAAGGCCAUGAACCCUGUGGCUGGGAAGCAGCCAGCGUGCGAGCUUGGGGGAGAAUGGGCAGCCGUCUUCGGCGGGGCUGCCGCAUUAGUAUUUGAUGUGGCGAAAACCCUUGGGAACAAAUUGCUGGAAGUCACCUGCGUAAGAUUUGUGGUCCGAUCGGCAAUACCUAUUGGAGCACAAACCCUACGCAGGUGAGUUACGGAUAUUAGCUCUCAGGAUUUCCGCCGCAUCACGAAAUUCUUGACGCAGCGAAGAUCCUGGGAAAUAAUUUCUGUAAGCUACCUGCGUAAGAUUUGUCUUCUCACUGGUAAUACCGAUCUGGGCACAAAUCUUAUGCAGGUGACUUACAGAAAUUACUUCCCAGGAUUUGCGUGCUGCGUCUCCAAUCGCCUCACUUGGAAACGAGGAUCAUCAGUGUGUCCGAGUGUGGCGACUGGAAACGCAGUACGCAAAUCCCAGGAGUGCAUUUCUUUGAGGCACGAAAGCCGAAGCUGUAGGCGCGCGAGUUCUGCUGUGCUCUUAGGUAAGAAAGCUCGCGCAGCAGCUUUCCCCUCCUGGCCUUCUAGAAGCGUGCGUCUGAACACAUGCACAGAAAGAUCUACUUUUUCUUCUAGGAAGAAAACGCAAACUCUUCUAGAAGAAGAAGCGCCUUCUUCUAGAAGCUGCGUUUUCUAGAAGAAAGCAAAGCUGUGUCUUCUACAGGAAGACCAGCCUUCUAGAAGAAGACAAAACUUCGCGUCUUCUUCUAGAAGAGGACGCAGCUUCUUCUAGAAGAAGAAGCUGCCUUUUCUUCUAGGAACUCAGUUUCUAGAAGAAAACUUCUUCUUGUCCAAAUGAGAUGACUGCAGAAAAAACACGGAAAUCCUGGGAACUCAUUUCUGUAAGUCCGUUGCGUAGGGUUUGCACUCAGGUGGGGAUUACCGAUCGAAAUACAGAUCCUACGCAACCUACUUACAGAAAUGAGUUCCCAGGAUCCCACAUCCGAGAAUUCUCGGAUGUAAGUUCACAUCCGAGAAAUUUUCGAACGUGGACGGACAUUCGAGAAUUCCUCGGAUUGCAGCUCACAUCCGAGAACUUAGCGGAUGUGAGCCGCAAGAGAACUUUCGCGCGCAAAGUGCCGAACUUUGGCGCCCUGCUCGUGAAAGUUCGAUCCGCGUGUCCAAAUGGGGUGAUUGCAGAAAAAACACGGAAAUCCUGGGAACUAAUUUCUGUAAGUUCAUUCCCGGCGCCGCACGGGGCCAGUCGUGUCAAGAAGAUGAUAAUAAUGUUCUCAGCAAGGGCGAGGGCCAACAUUCUCUUGAUGUGGAAGAUGAGCCAGUACAUGUGAUGAACAAGCGUGGAAACUACAGAGGUGAUGAACAAUCCAGUAGCUUUUGCUCCGAGGAGGAAGAGACCGACUCCGUGGACGAGGGGGAUGAUGUUGAAGAGCCUACUGGUGCGGCGGCGUUAAAGAUGAAAAUAAAGCUGCCCUCUGAAGAAGGUGAAGCCGCACCAGACGACGGUGGCCGAAAGGUUGUACCAAAGACCUCCACUGCGCGCUGUACUACCCGGCCUUCCAUCGACAGUGACGACGACAGUGAUUUUGACGACACGCCCGCGUGGCCCGCGGCGUGCGAGGUGGAGCGCAGCGCGAAGCCGCUGACCAGCAAGUUCCGGUGCGAGCUCUGCCCGGAUAAGAUUUUGAAGUCGCAAGCGGAGCUGGACGGGCACUUGCGGUCGAAAAAGCACCGGAAAGUGGUGGAGGAACUGGAGCGGGCGGCGAAGAUGGGCUUCGCCAAGUAUGAACAGGAACUACUGAAGAAGCAAGCGGCGGAGCAAAAUUCAAAUCACCUCCAAGGUGGUCGUGGGUCUGCGACGCGAAAGAAUGCGACCGGAGAUGAGGACAAGUCGCUCUUAUCAAAUGUAAAAAUGUGUGGGUCUGGAAACUUGUGAUGCUGUGUGGCGUAUCAUGAAGAGGCCACAAUUGCUGGCUCAGCAUGACAAGUUUCUGAGUGUCUAGGUGUUGCCUAUUCUGCAUGACAAACUGCGUUUCUGCAUCACAGAAAAGUAGCGCUCUUGGGUAACGUGCACGACAGAUUUAAGAGUCAUGCCAGACAAGCAUGACAAACAUGCAUUCUUCCAGACCCAGACAUUUUUACAGUUGAUAGCUUUGGUCCGAGGCGAAAAAGAAGCGGGAGGCGAAAAAGGAGAAGUAUCUGGCGAAAAAGAGAGAGCAGAAGCGGAAGGGCCGCGCCGCGGCGGCGGUUUUGAAGGGCGGAGUCAAGAAGGACGAUGGUCGUGAGAAGCAAGAGAAUGUUGGGAAGAAAAAAGGUAACAAGAAAGGUCCGCCUGCGGAGAAAAAGAAGGAAGAUCAAGUUGACACUACAGCCACUUCUGCGGCGUUAAUACGAGGCGAAAAAGGCAGUACAAAGGUGGACAAAAAGCAACAUCCAAAAGGGAAAGCAGGUUCGGGAAGCAAAUCGAAUGGCGACGAUACCAAUAUCCUUGCGACAUCUACGGCAUCUGCCGUUGUAGUAGAAGCGGAGCAAAAGGAGAAAAAAACAUCAUUGUCGGUGGCAGGGCGAAAGAAAAAGCCUGCUGCGAAGGUGAAAGCAGUAGAAGACGGCUCUGCGAAAAUCGAAAACGGUGCGAAGACGGUGAAGAGCCGCGGGACCAAUGUGGUCGAGAAAAAAGUCGUGAAGAAGGUCGUCGGAAAGAAAAAGAAGCAAAAGUAAAUAACUCGAACCUGCUGAGUUUGUCCUAUGCUUUCAUCUUGCAACGCCAAUCGCGAAAGAAAUCGCUCACGCGAUAUCUUGAAUCCACCUGAGGACGCUCUAUGGAUUGUGGAGCGAAGGCGCAGGUAGUGCUGCAUGGCGUAGCUAUCCGAACGAAAAAAAUAUGCAACGUGGUGUCUUUCACUUUCAAGUGCUUUUUAUCGCUGGAAAAAAGAUAAAGAAGUAGAAGCAGCGGCGACUGCUCCAC